UUAGGUGGAGGACAGGGGCCACGGAGGGGGACAGCCAAACAUGUUACAUGCCAGCUUUGUCAGUCCUGACUCAGGUCACCGAGCUUCCUCAUCUGCCGGCAGGGCAAAGAGAUAGAGCAGCCAGCCCACGUGACGGCUUCCUGCCCCUGACUUCACUUGAAAACGAAGAACCUGAAACUGAAACAGUCAGGAUUCCCCGCUUGAAGUCAGAGAUGAGUCAGUGCUCAGAGGAACUGCAGUAGCUGAUAAGUAGCACCGAGAGGCGAGAGGCAGGUGUGAGCCCUGUGCGCAGGAAGCAGACAGCACAUCUGAGGGUCCCAGCAAAACAUGGCAAGUAGCAUGGAGGUGGUGGCCAUGGACUGCGAGAUGGUGGGGGUGGGGCUCCUCCAGAAGAGCGGCUUGGCGCGGUGCAGCCUCGUGGACGUCAAUGGCGACGUGCUCUAUGACAAGUUCAUCCGGCCCGAAGGGGAGAUCACUAAUUACAGAACCCGAGUCAGCGGGAUCACACCUCAGCACAUGGAGGAGGCCACACCCUUCGCUGUGGCCAGGAUGGAGAUCCUGCAGCUCCUGAGAGGCAAGCUGGUGGUGGGCCAUGACCUGAAGCACGACUUUGACGCGCUGAAAGAGAACAUGAGUGCCUACAACAUCUACGACACGGCCACCGACAGGCUGCUGUGGCGUAAGGCCAACCUGUCCAACUGCAGGCGUGUCUCCCUCCGCGUGCUCAGCGAGCGCCUCCUGGGGUGGCAUAUCCAGAACAGCAGGUCUGGACACAGCUCAGUGGAAGAUGCCAGAGCGGCAAUGAAGCUUUAUCAAAUCUCCCGGAAAACUCAAGCCCGCUGAGGGCUGCCCGCCUGGCAGCGUCAGCUCUAUUCAGCCCCUUCCCCCAGGGAUCGCGGGCAUUCGUUAUUCAGAACGGCAACUCCUUUGCUUUUGGAAAAUGUAUCUUAAGUAAUAAAACGGCUCUAUAUUUUCUCUA